GGGUUCGGCAAGGAGGGGGUGGUGGCUGGGGUUUGGGUGGUUUAAAGGGUUUUCUGUUUUUUUUUUUUAUUUUUAUUUUUUAAUUUUUUUUUUUAAAACGGACCAAUCAGAGGGUGACGCGUGGCAAGUGGUGGGGUCAACUAACGGACAGUGACAAUCAACUAACGGAAAUGGCAUUUGGUGACUAAUCCUCAGUGGCAUUUGGUGAAUUUUGAAAAACGCGAUGGCAUUUGGUAAAUUUUGUAAGUACUUUGUGGCAUUUGGUGAAAUAACCGUUAAAGUUUUCUUUCUUUUGCAUUUCCGAUCGAUUCUGAUUGUUUCUUCAUCUUUCUCUACCAAAUUUAACCCUAAACGGUUCUGCAGGAAUCAACUCUCACCAUGGUGCAAACAAGAUCAUCAUCUAAGAAGAAUACAACUGAUACUAAUGUUGAGGUGAAUCGGGAUGUUGCUGAGGCAUCAAACAAGAACACCAUGAAUCAGAAGAAAAGGAAGGCGACUGCUGAGAAUUCCAUCUUGAAGCCAAUUGAAGCUAGCAAGAAAACAACUAAGAAAGUAGUAAAUGCUCGGGAUCCAUAUGAAGGCGAAGUGAUUGUGAGAAAAAUGACAAAUGCGGAUAUUGCUCUAGAUGUGUACAUGAAGGAGUAUCAGGACGAGUAUAUUAAGAAUCAUCCUGGUGAAACAAAGCUACCUAGAGAGGAACGUUUGGCGGUAAAAAAAAAGUUUCGUGAACUGGUGAAGACGACAAAAUAUUACAUUGUUAAGAAGUAUAUCAAGAAGCUCAAGGAUGAUGAAGCUGCAAGGUAUGCUAGAAAUCCGCGAUCUGAAAGGUCAUGCUAUUGGGUUUAAUUUCUGAACUGUCGUCUCUUUUGCUGCUGCUACAAUGGGCUUGUAGUUUGGGUUUGUAAUGACUUUAUGCGUGCGUGGAUUAGAAUGAUGUGGCAAUCUCUCUUAAAACAGCCCAGCCCUGAAUUGAAGGCUUUUGAACUUUGAAUAAUGUAUGGUGCUAAUAUGGCUUACUGUUCUUUGUUUUUGGCUGGUGGAUUAUGUAUUGUAGAGAUUACUUUUUGUGGAAGUAAAAUAUGGGUGUUUGAGAGGUCUUCUAUAUAUGAAAUGGGAGUUUCUUGGAGACCAGUUUUGAA